CUGAUUGGUGAUAUCAAAGACACUCAGAAAGUUAUCGUAAUUUUACACGUGUGCAGUUACAGCUUUUCUUAGGCAUGGAAAUCCUUGUAAAACACCGCAGUUUAUUACGUAUUAUAAAGGUUGUUAAAUUGUUCCCUUGGGCUCUCCAAGAAGUAAUGCUCGAAAGAGAAAAAAGAGUCCCCCAAUGUGAUGAUAUCAUGCCUCGGUUUCUCUCUUUCAAUAAUCUUGCGAGACUCGUUUGAAAUUUGUUUUGUGAUUGUGUUACAGACAAGAUGUCGAGAUGUCUCUUAACCACAGUGAAGACAAUGAAAAGUCGGCCCGUUCUACAAGAAAGACCAGAGGUGAAAGGAAGUUUGAUUGCUCCCAUUGUGAUAAAAGUUUUACCAGAGCGGAAAUCCUCCGUCAGCACGUAAGAAUACACACGGGCGUAAAGCCUUUUAAGUGCAGCCAUUGCGACAAGUGUUUCAGACAUGCAGGAACCCUUAUCCAGCAUAAAAGACUGCACACUGGAGAAAAACCGUAUAAGUGCAAGCAUUGUGAAAUGCGUUUUAGGCAGUCAGAACAACUAUCUCGACAUGUCAGAGUUCAUACUGGAGAGAAGCCUUUCAAAUGCAGCCAUUGUGACAAGUGUUUUAGUCAGCCUUCAAACCUUCGCCUACAUAACAGGGUGCACACGGGCGAAAAACCCUUUAAAUGCAAGGUGUGUGACAAAUGUUUCAAUCAUUCAGGAAUCCUUCGUACUCAUAGUAGGACACAUACCGGAGAAAAACCCUUUAAAUGCAAUGUUUGUGACCAGCGGUUUUCUACUCUUGGGAACCGAAACCAGCACAACAGGAUACACACAGGAGAGAAGCCUUUUGCAUGUAAGCAGUGUGAUAGGUGUUUCAAUGAUGCUGCAACUCUUCGUCGACAUAAAACAGUGCACACUGGAGAAAAGCCUUUUAAGUGUAAGGUUUGUGACAGAUGUUUUAACCGAUCAGUAAACCUUAAUCGGCAUGUCCAAACACACACGGGGGAAAAGCCUUUUAAGUGCAGCCAGUGUGACAAAUGUUUCACACGUGCAGCAGAUCUUCGCCGCCAUGGCACAGUGCAUUCGGGCGAGAAACCUUUCAAGUGCAACCAUUGCGACAAGUGUUUUACACAAGGAGGACAACUUCGCCUACAUCUCAGAUUACACACGGGAGAGAAUCUUUUUAAGUGUCACCAGUGUGGCAAGUGUUUCACUAACUCGAGUCACCUUCGCCUACAUGCCAGUGUACAUACGGGCGAGAAGCCUUUUAAGUGUGACCAAUGUGAAAAAUGCUUCAGUCGAGCUUCGGACCUUCGCCGUCACAGCGCAGUACAUGCCACUGAAAAACCCCACAAGUGCACUGAGUGCGGCAAGUGUUUUAAAGAAAAUGGAACACUUCGCCAACAUGUCAAAAGACAUACACGGGAAAAGCCGUUUCAUUGCGAGCAGUGUGGGGAGUCCUUUUCCCAGGAAGGUCACUUUCAACAACAUGUUAAAGAACACUGGGGAGAAAAGCCUUUUAAGUGCUCACAUUGUGUCAAGUAUUUCAGCCACGGAUCAGAUCUUCGCCGACAUGUUGCCACCGUUCACGCGGAUGUAGAAGAGCGCAAUGCUGCAACUCCUCGCCAGAAUAAAACCGUGCACAAUGGAGCAAAGCCGCCUUUUAAGUGUGAGAUCUGUGACAAAUGUUUCACCCGAUCAGUAAACCUUAAUCGACAUGUCCAAACACACACAGGAGAAAAGCCUUUUAAAUGCAGCCAAUGUGAAAAAUGUUUUGCUCGUGCUGCAGAUCUUCGCCGCCAUGGCACUGUGCAUUCGGGUGAGAAACCUUUCAAGUGCAAAUAUUGUGACAAGUGUUACACUCAAGGGGGACAGCUUCGUCAACAUAUCAGAUUACACACAAGAGAGAAUCUUCUCAAGUGCCAGCAUUGCGACAAGGUUUACACCAACUCAAGUCAACUUCGCCUACAUGCUAGAGUGCACGUCGAGAAUGAGCCUUUAAAUUGCAGAGCUCACACAGAAGAAGUGGACGAAAACAUACAAAACCAAGAAACACAAGAUGACACUAUGUGUGCCGAGGUGGUGGUCGCCCUGGAUAUCAUGUAGCUUACUUGCCUUGUUUGGGACAGACGUUGUUAUCGGUGUAAACUGUUGGACUUUUCAAACGAGUUUUUAUCGUUUUGGGGAACUCGAGG